CGUUGUAGGCGUGCAAUAUAUAUGGGCGCGCCGCGCUGCGAAGCAUUAUCAAAAAGAACGCGCGGCGGUCAUGCAGCGCAGCGUGCCGCCCGCGCAAUUUAUGGAAAAGUAAAUGUGCUUGAAGAAAAGUCAGCGAAAGAAAAUGAAAACCUGAAGUAAAGCUAAUUUUUCACUCGUUUUGUGUAUGUGUGUGUGUAACAAAAGUAUUUACAAAACAAAUAAUCCGCGCGCCAUUAAAAUGCGAGAAUAACAAAACCGCGGCGCUCAGGCUAGCUAAAGGCGACAAAUUGUUUGAAAUCUUUGUUUUUGCUUUAUAUUUCAAUUAAUUUUGCGCUUUAGUGUUUUUCACAUUUAUUUGAUUUUUCAUUUCUUCCAACACAUUUGUGUGCCUAAAAAUAGCGCGUGUAGAACAUCAACAACAAAAUUCGAAUGAAUAUAAAGCAUGUGGCACAUUUACAAGUCGAACGCGCUCGCGAUUUUUACUUUCGCGUCGGAGUGAAAGUCCUCAGAAGCGCCGCGCCGCUUUUUCGAUUUAGUACUCUCGCUUGUGCGCGUCGCUACUGUAGCGGUUACAAAUCGUGCGCCCUACACAACUUUCAUGUAUAAACAUCAACUAUUUACAAGUAUACAACUAUGUACACGCAAUCUUGUGGGGAUUUCGUAUAAUGUGCAAAGAUAGCAAGCAACAAGUGUUUUUUCGAAAGUGUUCUUAAAGUGACUUAUAUUGUGUUUAUGCAUAAGCGUUUGCAUUUUGAAAGCAAAACUGUUUUUAAGAUUUCGUGUGUGACGACAGCGUGUUGUUGCUCAAGUGUAUAUCGAUAUCAAUAAAAGCGAUCGAUACAUUAGGCAUAGUUUGAAAAACUCAUGAAAUCAACAUUAGCUAAAUAUCAAAUAAUUAGCAAAAUUUUGUACACGCUUCAAUAAGAACCACCCUAAUCAAUAAACCGAUAAUCUGCCAUUGGUUAUUACGACAAUAAUAAUAAUCAAUAACUUAGCUGCCGAGAUAGUACAAAAACCAUACACAUGAAUUAUUAAAAAACUACGACUGCAGCAACAACAGGAAUAAACGUAAUAAGAACAAAAAGCAACAAGCCUAAACACACACAACAAACACACGCGGAAUGUCGCAAGAAAGACAGCGAUAAUUAAAUAGUAAUGUCCGUGAGAAAAAUGCCAGCUUUGCCUUUGUAAGAACGACCAAAGUUGCUUAAGAAGCACAAGUGACAAGUGGACAGCAGAAAAAAGUAGGCUUAACAAGCGUGCAAUUGAACAGUUAAGCGGCAACGGCGCGCACGAUACGUAGCAUAUGCACAGGCGCUGGUGCCACAAAAAUCAAAAGCGCGCUAAACCAUCGGAGGAGUGUAGUUUUAAUAAGUUUUAAAGGAUUUUGUUUUAAUUUUUAUAAAAAUAUUUAUUAAAUUGUGUUCGUGACAUCGGUUGAUCGACGUAGAAAUGCUGUCGAGCAAUGGCAAUCAAGCGCAGUACGCGUACUUUGUGCUGUCGGGCGCAGUGGCAUUGGCCAUCAUUAUACUCGCCUAUAUGUCCGUGCGCACAACACUCGACACCAAAUUGCGCGAGGAUCUGACUAUUCUACAAAAAUCCUACGUCUAUAUAAAGCCAACAUGGGGUUACAACAAUUCUUGGCGGCAAAUCGGCAGCCAAGCGAAUCACUUGAUUUAUUCGGCAUACUUCGAUGAUCGGUUGGAUGUGAUCGAAACAAUAAUCAAUCAUGAGUCGAAGGUAGCGAUAGGCACCUUGCGUAUAAUCGCCAUCUUACCACGUGAAUUUAAGGAUGCCAUAACCUGCACUAUCAGAUUCGAUGACUUUAUCGAUGUAAGCGUGCUAAUUGGCAAAGUGCAGCCCUUGAACGAACAUCACGACUACAGGUACGCGCCCUACUCCAUCAUGUGUCCGCUCUAUAUGAAUCGCAAUAGCACUACAAUGCGUCUGCCACAAUCGGUUGCGAUAUCCUAUCCAUCCAACAGGUUGAGUCAGCUGAGUCCAACAUUUGUGCCGAUCAGUUACCCACGCGAAAUAGACCAGCUGUUCGCCAUCUCACGUCCGGUGCUGUCGGUGUGCGUAGGUCCGCUGCAACAAAACUAUUCGGAUGUGUUGCGCGUCGCGGAAUUCAUCGAAAUGUAUCGCAUACUCGGCGCACGACACUUCUACUUCUAUCAUCUCUCUGCCAGCGAGGAUGUGAUGCGCCUGCUGCGACACUACCAAAGUGAAGGCAUCGUGGAUGUGCUGCAAUGGAAUGUGCCCGCCGAGCUGUUGCCUGCGGUGCAUUACGGCGGAAUUAUGGCGCAAAUCAACGAUUGUGUUUAUCGCGCCAUGGUUGUGGACAACUAUCGUUACGCGGCCACUGUCGAUCUGGACGAGAUACUCAUACCGUUGAAACACAAUUCGCUCGCGAUUUUUCUGCGUCAAUGCGAUGAGGGACGUUCCUCGGCGUACGUCUUUCGCAAUGUGUUCUUCUAUAAGCUCGACAGUAACGACAGCUUCAGUCUGCCGGCGCACACGCGUAAUCGUUUCCUCUACACUCAAAUGAAGGUGCGUCGCACUUUGGAGGUGAUGCCGACGCAUCAGCGCAGUAAAUGCAUUGUGAAUACACAUUCCAUUAUCGAGAUGGGUAAUCAUUUUGUGUGGCGCAAUGUACCCGGCUACACGGAGACGACUAUGCCACUAAGUGUGGGGCUGCUUUUCCACUAUCGCGAUCAGUGCAUCAACUGUAAGGCUCAACUGAUGGUCGACUAUACGGCACGUCGGUUCGGCUCGUUGAUUUGGGAUCGUGUAGACGAGACUUGUGGCCGAGUGUUCAACGAAACUGGCAUAUGCGCGACGUAGCGCGAUAAAGUGUCAUAUGUCAACAACAAAAAUCAUAAAAUGAAAGACUUGUCAAAAAUUAGUGUUCUUUAGUUUUAAGUUGGUAGAUCACUUAAGUUCGUGUAUUUAUAGUAAGUUUUAUAUGCAGAUAUUAAGAGUAAAGUAUAAUAGUGUAAAGAUAUAUUUAUA